GAUUAGUGGCAACAGGUUGGCUACCAAAUACUCCAGAACUGCUAGGGUCCUAAUUAGCUUUUCACUUUCGUGUUCUGUACUGACUUGUAAAAGGAUCGUUAAUUUUUUAAAUUUUAGAAUUUAGCAGCUUUUAUUUUAGCUUUUGUCAAGUAGUACUUUCUAUACGAGUAUAGCGUAUUUUGCGUUUAUGGAACAGCAAGUUCCUGUUGUUAGACAGUUAGCGUUAUCGUUGUAUGUUUUUGCUGUGCGCAACUACUGUAAAAGUCAACUUCCAGUCGCAUUCUUGCAGUUUCACAUUUUUUCACCAUCAUUCAUCAAUUAUUAUUUUUAUCCGUGUAUCCUGGUCACUAGGACCCAGUCUAUUCUUAUCAUCUUUUGAUAAAAAUUUGGAAUUUCCAGCUGAGGUGUCGGAUAGGAAUGCACGAAUAAUGGCAGCAUAGGCGCGAAUAGUGUUCGGAAUCUUGAAAACACACCAUCCGACUUUGCCAUUACGGCACAAUCGACGAUGUGAAUGUGAUCGAUGUCUUUGGAUGCGAUACGCUCUUCGCUAUGAUCUCCGUAGAUUGUACAGGUGCUGGGCAGUAUCAUGAAGUAUUUGGCGUUAAUCUUGCUACUGCUGCUGCUCCCGGACCCAGGAGCGCCCCUGACCGCGGAGCUCUUUGCGCGCUACGGUCUGCCCGUGUCGGACGAUGUCCUGGCAAAGUACGGUUAUUUCCCUGCCAAACUGCGUCAGGACAUGCAGCAGCAAGUCAAGGAGAUGUUCUAUUUCGCCUACGAUAACUACAUGCAGCAUGCCUGGCCCAAGGAUGAGCUCAAUCCCAUUGACUGUGUCGGACGAGGUCCUGACUGGGAAAAUCCGAGCAAUAUCAACAUUAAUGAUGUACUGGGAAAUUAUUCACUGACUCUGAUCGAUUCUUUGGAUGCACUACUGAUCCUGGGUAAUACAACCGAAUUCCACCGCGCCGUCCACCUAGUGUCACAGUAUACCUCCUUCGAUCAGGACGUGACCGUGCAGGUCUUUGAAGCCACCAUCCGCGUCCUGGGCGGUCUUCUGUCGGCCCACGUCCUCCUGACCGAUGACACCCUGUUCCCGGCCGCGCGUCUGGCCGCCUACGACAACGAACUGCUGGAUCUGGCGCGCGAUCUCAUCGACCGUCUGAGCGACGCUUUCCAGGGCGUCGGCAACUAUCUGCCCGUACCGCGGAUUAAUUUGCGGCACGGUAUACAGAUGAUGGCGGAGAAGAUGCACGAGACGUGUCUGGCCGGGGCGGGCAGUCUGGUGUUGGAGUGGGGCGUGGCCAGCCGGCUGACGGGGGAUGAGAUGUACGAAAAUAUGGCCAAGCGCGCCAUGCUGCGAUUGUGGGAGAAGCGGUCCAGGGCGACCGGGUUGCUGGGGAAUAGUAUUAACGUGGCGCUGGGAGAGUGGAUUGAUAAGAUGUCUGGAGUCGGCGCGGGCAUGGAUUCGUACUAUGAAUAUCUGCUGAAGGCGUAUAUUUUGUUUGGUGACGAAGAAUACUUGAAAAUCUUUAACGAAGCCUACGCCGCCAUCAAACAGCACCAGCGCGUCGGUCCUUUUACGUGUGGCACGGACGCCACCUCCCAUCCGCUCUUCAUCAACGUCAACAUGGACGAAGGCAACAGUCGGCCCAGCAAUUUCUGGAUUGACGCCCUGGGUGCGGCGUUUCCCGGUGUGCAGGUCCUGGCCGGUGAUCUCCAGGAAGCCGUGUGUCUGCAUAAUUUUUACAUGAGUAUUUGGAAACGAUAUGGUGUCCUCCCGGAGCGUUUUGACUGGUUUCAUGAGCACGAGAAUAUUCCCCUAUAUCCGCUACGACCAGAACUGGCGGAAUCGACUUAUUUUUUGUACCGCGCCACGAAGAAUCCGCUGUAUUUGCAUGUGGGUAAAUGGAUGGUGGAGGGGAUUAACAGUAUUUCCCGGGUGAAGUGUGGAUUUGCUACUGUGCACAAUUUUCGCGAUCGCUCGCUAGAGGAUCGGAUGGAGAGUUUCUUCCUCAGCGAGACAUUGAAGUAUUUGUAUUUGCUAUUCGAUGAAGACAACUUCGUCAAUCGGAACGCCGAGCGAAUUAUCUUCACCACCGAAGGCCACAUUUUUCCCAUCCUCGCGAAAUUUCAGAAAAAACCCGCGGACCAAAUGAACAUUGAUCUUCCCGAUUCGGACGCUUGCCUGAAUGAACUGGGUGCGGAGUUAAACGAUACCCUCAGUCGGUAUCGGAAUCCCGCCGACACAGCCUGUCCUGCCUUGAACCCGUUGCUUCCCUAUGCGUUGCCGGUGGAAGAAAUCACCUGGAAAGAAAAUGCCGUGCCUUUAAACCCGCCUCUGUGUUCCGGUUAAGUUGUAGAGAUUUUUUAAUAUUUUUAAAGAAUUUACUAAUUUAUUCUUUUAGCCGCGGGAAUGCUAACUAAUUGAUCUUUUUGACUUUUUUACCGUGUUACUGCGUCAGGAACCAAAACUGUGAUGUGUUCAGCUCAAGGGAAACAUUUAUUGGGAAAUUAUUUUCUAUGGAGAAGCUAAUUAAAUGUUAGUUCCUGCGUGUGUCGGGCUGUUGUGACCUUUCUUAAUGAUUCGUAAAUGGCCUCGAAACUGUAGGGACAAAUUAUUUUACUGACAAAUUAGUUAAAUUACUAAAUUCUGCAGUGUGCCAUGACUAAGCCAUGUGAUGCCCUUGUUGUAAAAUUUUGCUGCG